CCCAGCUGGUUCGUAGCUCUGCGCUCUGGGGCGAUGAGAAGAUCUAGUAACUGUAAGUAUCUCCAGACAUAUGUGGUUUAAGUUGCUGCGUUCAUGGUGUAAAACUACAUUGUAUGUUCUGGUCUCUCUAGAGACGAGAGGCAGCGUAACUCUCUAAGAUGUAUGCCUAGCUUGUCCACGGUUUUAUUCUCACCUUGCUGUAAACUUAGUUUUUUUCAGGGAUUGGCAUACUCAUUUGGAUGAUUCCAAAUAUGUUCUGGUCACUUAUGUCCUAAACACACAGAGAAUAUUUUCCUUAACACAAGCCGUCCAAUGUGUUGUGUAUUUGGUUUUAGUCCGGUGUCACUUAUUGGUCUAAAGACACAGAGGGGCUAUAGAAAGUACACAGUCCCAGAGGUCUCCACUCUUUAGCCAGACAGUUAGUCCUCUACACAGUCCCAGAGGUCUCCACUCUUUAGCCAGACAGUUAGUCCUCUACACAGUCCCAGAGGUAUCCACUCUUUAACCAGACAGUUAGUCCUCUACACAGUCCCAGAGGUCUCCACUCUUUAGCCAGACAGUUAGUCCUCUACACAGUCCCAGAGGUCUCCACUCUUUAGCCAGACAGUUAGUCCUCUACACAGUCCCAGAGGUCUCCACUCUUUAGCCAGACAGUUAGUCCUCUACACAGUCCCAGAGGUCUCCACUCUUUAGCCAGACAGUUAGUCCUCUACACAGUCCCAGAGGUCUCCACUCUUUAGCCAGACAGUUAGUCCUCUACACAGUCCCAGAGGUCUCCACUCUUUAGCCAGACAGUUAGUCCUCUACACAGUCCCAGAGGUCUCCACUCUUUAGCCAGACAGUUAGUCCUCUACACAGUCCCAGAGGUCUCCACUCUUUAGCCAGACAGUUAGUCCUCUACACAGUCCCAGAGGUCUCCACUCUUUAGCCAGACAGACCAGAGAUAAAAUACAAAGGGUUGGAGGGCAGCAGUUUGUAGUAGUUAGCAGGAUGUAGAGAAAAGAUAGUGGUUUCCUGUUGAAUUCCUGAUGCACGGCUAGACAAUCUCUCGCUCUCUCUCUCUCUCUGUCUCUCUCUCUGUCUCUCUCUCUCUCUCUCUCUCUCUGUCUCUGUCUCUGUCUCUGUCUCUGUCUCUGUCUCUCUCCCUGUCUCUCUCUGUCUCUCUCUCCACCUCUCAGUAAACCGUCAGAAUGAUAGUUUCUGUGUCAGUACCAAGGAUGUGCUGUUGACUCCACAAACCAAGAUGGAGGAGAUUUAGGGUGUCUGACAGCGUCCAAAACCAGCGGUCGAAAAGUCACUGUCAUCAUAAGUGCAAAUGUCUAUUUCUAUAGACUAUACAUCUUGUAUAAAGUAUAGCAUACCACAACAUCUCUUCUCCAUCUCUCUGUAUCCAUCCUGUAUACACUAUAUGCCACAGCAUGUACACUAUCUCUGUGGUGGGUGGGUUAGGACUAGGAGAGAGAGAGAGAAAACAACCCUGGGUGGGUUAGGACUAGGAGAGAGGGAGAGAAAACAACCCUGGGUGGGUUAGGACUAGGAGAGAGAGAGAGAAAACAACCCUGGGUGGGUUAGGACUAGGAGAGAGGGAGAGAAAACAACCCUGGGUGGGUUAGGACUAGGAGAGAGCGAGAAAACAACCCUGGGUGGGUUAGGACUAGGAGAGAGGGAGAGAGAGAAAACAACCCUGGGUGGGUUAGGACUAGGAGAGAGGGAGAGAAAACAACCCUGGGUGGGUUAGGACUAGGAGAGAGGGAGAGAAAACAACCCUGGGUGGGUUAGGACUAGGAGAGAGCGAGAAAACAACCCUGGGUGGGUUAGGACUAGGAGAGAGGGAGAGAAAACAACCCUGGGUGGGUUAGGGCUAGGAGAGAGGGAGAGAAAACAACCCUGGGUGGGUUAGGACUAGGAGAGAGGGAGAGAGAGAAAACAACCCUGGGUGGGUUAGGACUAGGAGAGAGGGAGAGAAAACAACCCUGGGUGGGUUAGGACUAGGAGAGAGGGAGAGAAAACAACCCUGGGUGGGUUAGGACUAGGAGAGAGAGAGGGAGAGAAAACAACCCUGGGUGGGUUAGGACUAGGAGAGAGGGAGAGAAAACAACCCUGGGUGGGUUAGGACUAGGAGAGAGGGAGAGAAAACAACCCUGGGUGGGUUAGGACUAGGAGAGAGAGAGAGAGAGAAAACAACCCUGGGUGGGUUAGGACUAGGAGAGAGAGAGAGAGAGAAAACAACCCUGGGUGGGUUAGGACUAGGAGAGAGGGAGAGAAAACAACCCUGGGUGGGUUAGGACUAGGAGAGAGAGAGGGAGAAAACAACCCUGGGUGGGUUAGGACUAGGAGAGAGAGAGAGAAAACAACCCUGGGUGGGUUAGGACUAGGAGAGAGGGAGAGAAAACAACCCUGGGUGGGUUAGGACUAGGAGAGAGAGAGAGAAAACAACCCUGGGUGGGUUAGGACUAGGAGAGAGAGAGAGAAAACAACCCUGGGUGGGUUAGGACUAGGAGAGAGAGAGAGAAAACAACCCUGGGUGGGUUAGGACUAGGAGAGAGAGAGAGACUCCCACUUCAUAUCUUCCUGCUCCAUAUCUGAGCCCUUAAUAAUCUGCUAAUAGGUUGACUUGGGUCUAAUUGCUCUGAGUUUCCAUGGGACAUAAUGACAGGAUAUUCUGAUGGAGAUAAAGCCUGUGUGGAGGGACAUAGUUAGAGGGUAGACUACAGGAGGGUAGACUACAGGAGGGUAGACUACAGGAGGAUUGAAUGCAGGAGGAUUGAAUGCAGGAGGGUUGAAUGCAGGAGUGCAGAAUACAGGAGUGCAGAAUACAGGAGGGUAGAAUAUAGUAGGGGUAGAAUACAGGAGAACAUAAUACAGGAGGGUGGAAUACAGGAAGGUUGAAUAGAGGAGGGUAAAAUACAGGAAGGUAGAAUACAGGAGGGUGGAAUAGAGGAGAGUAAAAUACAGGAGGGUAAAAUACAGGAGGGUGAAAUAGAGGAGGGUAAAAUACAGGAAGGUAGAAUACAGGAGGGUGAAAUAGAGGAGAGUAAAAUACAGGAGGGUAGAAUACAGGAGGGUGAAAUAGAGGAGAGUAAAAACAGGAGGGUAGAAUACAGGAGGGUGGAGUACAGGAAGGUUGAAUACAGGAGGAUAGAAUGCAGGUGUCACGCCCUGGCUCUGGGGACUCUUCUAUGUUGAGCCAGGGUGUGUAGGGUCUAUGUUUUGUGUUCUAUGUUCAGUUUCUAGUUCAUGUGUUUUCUAUGUUGGCCGGGGUGGUUCCCAAUCAGAGGCAACGUGAAUCAGCUGUUGCUUGUUGUCUCUGAUUGGGAACCAUACUUAGGCAGCCUGUUUUGCACUUGUCAUUUGUGGGAUCUUGUUCCGGAGAGGUUUGUGUUUUGUCAACCUUAGGACUUCACGUAUCGUUUUGUUGUUUUGUUAUUGUUGAAAAGUACUCAUUAAAAGAUGUACGCAUAUCACGCUGCGCCUUGGUCCGCUUCUUACGACGUUCGUGACAGCAGGAGGGUAGAAUACAGGAGGGUGAAGUACAGGAGGGUGAAGUACAGGAGGGUGAAGUACAGGAGGGUGAAAUACAGGAGGGUGAAGUACAGGAGGGAGGAAUACAGGAAGGUAGAAUACAGGAGUGUGGGGUCUGUUUGUGUUUGUGAACAGAGCCCCAGGACCGGGUUGCUUAGGGGACUCUUCUCCAGGUUCAUCUCUCUGUAGGUGAUGGCUUUGUUAUGGAAGGUUUGGGAAUUGCUUCCUUUUAGGUGGUUGUAGAAUUUAAAGGCGGAUAUUUUUGCAGAAAUCUGCAUGCAGAGUCUCAAUUUGGUGUUUGUCCCAUUUUGUGAAUUCUUGGUUGGUGAGCGGACCCCAGACCUCACAACCAUAAAGGUUAAAUAACUGAUAUAACUGAAGUAUUUUUUAGCCAGAUCCUAAUUGGUAUGUCAAAUAUUAUGUUCCUUUUGAUGGCGUAGAAGGCCCUUCUUGCCUUGUCUCUCAGAUCGUUCACAGCUUUGUGGAAGUUACCGUUGGUGUUGAUGUUUAGGCCGAGGUAUGUAUCGCUUUUUGUGUGCUCUAGGGCAACGGUAUCUAGAUGGAAUUUGUAUUUGUGGUCCUGGCAACUGGACCUUUUUUGGAACACCAUUAUUUUUGUCUUACUGAGAUUUACUGUCAGGGCCCAGGUCUGACAGAAUCUGUGCAGAAGAUCUAGGUGCUGCUGUAGGCCCUUCUUGGUUGGGGACAGAAGCACCAGAUCAUCAGCAAACAGUAGACAUUUGACUUCAGAUUCUAGUAGGGUCUCUCUUGCUCUCUCUCUAAGUAGGUCUUCUCAUGCUUUGUAGUCAUUUAUUCCAAAUCACAAUUCCAAAUAAAUCCUAUUGACAUUUUUCAGCUUUUGGAACUAGUUUGUGGUGCUAGAUUGUGGUGCUAGAUUGUGGUGCUAGAUUCUGGUGCUAUAAUCUGGUGAUAGUUUGUGGUGAUAGUUUGUGGUGCUAGAUUGUGGUGCUAUAUUCUGGUGCUAUAAUCUGGUGAUAGUUUGUGGUGAUAGAUUGUGGUGCUAGAUUAUAACUGGACCCUCUGUGGUAUUGGCCAUAUGCGUUGUGUUGGUUUUCACACCUUUGACAGAGAGGAGGGAAAUGAAUGAGGCAGGGAUGAAUCAUGACGGACGGUCAUCACUGACGUAGUGACAACAGAAUGACUCAUAGGAGACCAGAAAAGAAGCCUUAAAAUCUAACCAGCCAGUAGCAGAUGGGAAGAUGAUCCACCAUCCUGACCUCUGUGCUCCCGUUGUGUUUCACUUCACUUGUAGAUGAACAGAAUGUGAUCUCACAAGAUCAGGAUGGUGGAACAAGGCUAGCCACAAGACCAUAGAGAAUAUCUGUGUGCUGUAGAGUUUGUUAAAAUGAUACAGAGAUAUUAUGCUGAGUUGAUGUUGUAUUGUGGUUGGGAUGUCGAAGUAAGAUGAUGUUGUAUUGUGGUUGGGAUGUCGAAGUAAGAUGAUGUAUUGUGGUCAGAAUGUUGAUGUAAGAUGAUGUUGUAUUGUGGUCAGAAUGUUGAAGUAAGAUGAUGUUGUAUUGUGGUCAGAAUGUUGAAGUAAGAUGAUGUUGUAUUGUGAUUGGGAUGUUGAAAUAAGAUGAUGUUGUAUUGUGGUCAGAAUGUUGAAGUAAGAUGAUGUUGUAUUAUGGUCAGAAUGUUGAAGUAAGAUGAUGUUGUAUUAUGGUCAGAAUGUUGAAGUAAGAUGAUGUUGUAUUAUGGUCAGAAUGUUGAAGUAAGAUGAUGUUGUAUUAUGGUCAGAAUGUUGAAGUAAGAUGAUGUUGUAUUGUGGUUGGGAUGUUGAAGUAAGAUGAUGUUGUAUUGUGGUUUCCUUUAUUUUGGCAGAUACCUGUAGCUCUAUGAUGUGGUUUAUUUAGAGGAUGUGAGAAAGAUGGUUCACCUCUGAAUACACUGAAUGGCAUUGUCUUGACAGCUUAUGAGCAACUUAGCUCUAAUGUCUUCAGUGAAGACAGUGAUCUGGUUCUGACCAUUGUGUCUGUGUCUGUGUGUGUGUGUGUGUGUCUGUGUGUGUGUGUGUGUGUGUGUGUGUGUGUGUGUGCAGGUCGUGCUGAGGCUGAGCUGAAGAACUUCACUCCCCACUACAGACAGCAGUACUUUGUAGCCUUCUGCUCUAAGCUGCAGGAGGAGGUGGAGCAACAGAAAGAAACCCGCACUCAGCUCCUUAAACAGAGGGUAGGAUGCACACACACUCAUCUCCUUAAACAGAGGGUAGGACAGACACUCAGCUCCUUAAACAGAGGGUAGGAUGCACACACACUCAUCUCCUUAAACAGAGGGUAGGACACACACUCAGCUCCUUAAACAGAGGGUAGGAUGCACACACACUCAUCUCCUUAAACAGAGGGUAGGAUGCACACACACUCAUCUCCUUAAACAGAGGGUAGGACACACUCAGCUCCUUAAACAGAGGGUAGGAUGCACACACACUCAUCUCCUUAAACAGAGGGUAGGACACACUCAUCUCCUUAAACAGAGGGUAGGAUGCACACACACUCAUCUCCUUAAACAGAGGGUAGGACAGACACUAAUCUCCUUAAACAGAGGGUAGGACAGACACUCAGCUCCUUAAACAGAGGGUAGGAUGCACACACACUCAUCUCCUUAAACAGAGGGUAGGACAGACACUCAUCUCCUUAAACAGAGGGUAGGAUGCACACACACUCAUCUCCUUAAACAGAGGGUAGGACAGACACUCAUCUCCUUAAACAGAGGGUAGGAUGCACACACACUCCUCUCCUUAAACAGAGGGUAGGACAGACACUCAUCUCCUUAAACAGAGGGUAGGACACACUCAUCUCCUUAAACAGAGGGUAGGAUGCACACACACUCAUCUCCUUAAACAGAGGGUAGGACAGACACUAAUCUCCUUAAACAGAGGGUAGGACAGACACUCAGCUCCUUAAACAGAGGGUAGGAUGCACACACACUCAUCUCCUUAAACAGAGGGUAGGACAGACACUCAUCUCCUUAAACAGAGGGUAGGAUGCACACACACUCAUCUCCUUAAACAGAGGGUAGGACAGACACUCAUCUCCUUAAACAGAGGGUAGGAUAGACACUCAUCUCCUUAAACAGAGGGUAGGACAGACACUCAUCUCCUUAAACAGAGGGUAGGACACAAUCAUCUCCUUAAACAGAGGGUAGGACAGACACUAAUCUCCUUAAACAGAGGGUAGGACACACUCAGCUCCUUAAACAGAGGGUAGGAUGCACACACACUCAUCUCCUUAAACAGAGGGUAGGACAGACACUCAUCUCCUUAAACAGACGGUAGGACAGACACUAAUCUCCUUAAACAGAGGGUAGGACAUACACUAAUCUCCUUAAACAGAGGGUAGGACACACACUCAACUCCUUAAACAGAGGGUAGGAUGCACACACACUCAUCUCCUUAAACAGAGGGUAGGAUGCACACACACUCAUCUCCUUAAACAGAGGGUAGGACAGACACUCAUCUCCUUAAACAGAGGGUAGGACAGACACUCAUCUCCUUAAACAGAGGGUAGGACAGACACUCAUCUCCUUAAACAGAGGGUAGGACAGACACUCAGCUCCUUAAACAGAGGGUAGGAUGCACACACACUCAGCUCCUUAAACAGAGGGUAGGACAGACACUCAUCUCCUUAAACAGAGGGUAGGACAGACACUCAUCUCCUUAAACAGAGGGUAGGACACACUCAUCUCCUUAAACAGAGGGUAGGAUGCACACUCACUCAUCUCCUUAAACAGAGGGUAGGACAGACACUAAUAUCCUUAAACAGAGGGUAGGACACACUCAUCUCCUUAAACAGAGGGUAGGAUGCACACACACUCAUCUCCUUAAACAGAGGGUAGGACAGACACUAAUCUCCUUAAACAGAGGGUAGGACAGACACUCAGCUCCUUAAACAGAGGGUAGGAUGCACACACACUCAUCUCCUUAAACAGAGGGUAGGACAGACACUCAUCUCCUUAAACAGAGGGUAGGACAGACACUCAGCUCCUUAAACAGAGGGUAGGAUGCACACACACUCAUCUCCUUAAACAGAGGGUAGGACAGACACUCAUCUCCUUAAACAGAGGGUAGGAUGCACACACACUCAUCUCCUUAAACAGAGGGUAGGACAGACACUCAUCUCCUUAAACAGAGGGUAGGAUGCACACACACUCAUCUCCUUAAACAGAGGGUAGGACAGACACUCAUCUCCUUAAACAGAGGGUAGGACAGACACUCAUCUCCUUAAACAGGGGGUAGGACACAAUCAUCUCCUUAAACAGAGGGUAGGAUGCACACACACUCAUCUCCUUAAACAGAGGGUAGGACAGACACUCAUCUCCUUAAACAGACGGUAGGACAGACACUAAUCUCCUUAAACAGAGGGUAGAACAUACACUAAUCUCCUUAAACAGAGGGUAGGACACACACUCAUCUCCUUAAACAGAGGGUAGGAUGCACACACACUCAUCUCCUUAAACAGAGGGUAGGAUGCACACACACUCAUCUCCUUAAACAGAGGGUAGGACAGACACUAAUCUCCUUAAACAGAGGGUAGGACAGACACUCAUCUCCUUAAACAGAGGGUAGGACAGACACUCAGCUCCUUAAACAGAGGGUAGGAUGCACACACACUCAGCUCCUUAAACAGAGGGUAGGACAGACACUCAUCUCCUUAAACAGAGGGUAGGACAGACACUCAUCUCCUUAAACAGAGGGUAGGACACACUCAUCUCCUUAAACAGAGGGUAGGACAGACACUCACUCAUCUCCUUAAACAGAGGGUAGGACAGACACUAAUAUCCUUAAACAGAGGGUAGGACACACUCAUCUCCUUAAACAGAGGGUAGGAUGCACACACACUCAUCUCCUUAAACAGAGGGUAGGACAGACACUAAUCUCCUUAAACAGAGGGUAGGACAGACACUCAGCUCCUUAAACAGAGGGUAGGAUGCACACACACUCAUCUCCUUAAACAGAGGGUAGGACAGACACUCAGCUCCUUAAACAGAGGGUAGGAUGCACACACACUCAUCUCCUUAAACAGAGGGUAGGACAGACACUCAUCUCCUUAAACAGAGGGUAGGAUGCACACACACUCAUCUCCUUAAACAGAGGGUAGGACAGACACUCAUCUCCUUAAACAGAGGGUAGGACAGACACUCAUCUCUUUAAACAGACGGUAGGACAGACACUAAUCUCCUUAAACAGAGGGUAGGACAUACACUAAUCUCCUUAAACAGAGGGUAGGACACACACUCAUCUCCUUAAACAGAGGGUAGGACACACACUCAUCUCCUUAAACAGAGGGUAGGAUGCACACACACUCAUCUCCUUAAACAGAGGGUAGGAUGCACACACACUCAUCUCCUUAAACAGAGGGUAGGACAGACACUCAUCUCCUUAAACAGAGGGUAGGACACACUCAUCUCCUUAAACAGAGGGUAGGACAGACACUCAUCUCCUUAAACAGAGGGUAGGACAGACACUCAGCUCCUUAAACAGAGGGUAGGACACACUCAUCUCCUUAAACAGAGGGUAGGACAGACACUCAUCUCCUUAAACAGAGGUUAGGACAGACACUCAUCUCUUUAAACAGAGGGUAGGAUGCACACACACUCAUCUCCUUAAACAGAGGGUAGGACAGACACUAAUCUCCUUAAACAGAGGGUAGGACAGACACUCAGCUCCUUAAACAGAGGGUAGGAUGCACACACACUCAUCUCCUUAAACAGAGGGUAGGACAGACACUCAUCUCCUUAAACAGAGGGUAGGACAGACACUCAUCUCCUUAAACAGAGGGUAGGAUGCACACACACUCAUCUCCUUAAACAGAGGGUAGGACAGACACUCAUCUCCUUAAACAGACGGUAGGACAGACACUAAUCUCCUUAAACAGAGGGUAGGACAUACACUAAUCUCCUUAAACAGAGGGUAGGACACACACUCAUCUCCUUAAACAGAGGGUAGGAUGCACACACACUCAUCUCCUUAAACAGAGGGUAGGAUGCACACACACUCAUCUCCUUAAACAGAGGGUAGGACAGACACUAAUCUCCUUAAACAGAGGGUAGGACAGACACUCAUCUCCUUAAACAGAGGGUAGGACAGACACUCAGCUCCUUAAACAGAGGGUAGGAUGCACACACACUCAGCUCCUUAAACAGAGGGUAGGACAGACACUCAUCUCCUUAAACAGAGGGUAGGACAGACACUCAUCUCCUUAAACAGAGGGUAGGACACACUCAUCUCCUUAAACAGAGGGUAGGACAGACACUCAUCUCCUUAAACAGAGGGUAGGACAGACACUCAGCUCCUUAAACAGAGGGUAGGACACACUCAUCUCCUUAAACAGAGGGUAGGACAGACACUCAUCUCCUUAAACAGAGGUUAGGACAGACACUCAUCUCCUUAAACAGAGGGUAGGACAGACACUCAUCUCCUUAAACAGAGGGUAGGACAGACACUCAUCUCCUUAAACAGAGGGUAGGACAGACACUCAUCUCCUUAAACAGAGGGUAGGACACACUCAUCUCCUUAAACAGAGGGUAGGACAGACACUCAUCUCCUUAAACAGAGGGUAGGACAGACACUCAGCUCCUUAAACAGAGGGUAGGACACACUCAUCUCCUUAAACAGAGGGUAGGACAGACACUCAUCUCCUUAAACAGAGGUUAGGACAGACACUCAUCUCCUUAAACAGAGGGUAGGACAGACACUCAGUUCCUUAAACAGAGGGUAGGACAGACACUCAUCUCCUUAAACAGAGGGUAGGACAGACACUCAUCUCCUUAAACAGAGGGUAGGACAGACACACUCAUCUCCUUAAACAGAGGGUAGGACAGACACUCAUCUCCUUAAACAGAGAGUAGGACAGACACUCAUCUCCUUAAACAGAGGGUAGGACAGACACUCAUCUCCUUAAACAGAGGGUAGGACAGACACUCAUCUCCUUAAACAGAGGGUAGGACAGACACUCAUCUCCUUAAACAGAGGGUAGGACAGACACUCAUCUCCUUAAACAGAGGGUAGGACAUACACUCAUCUCCUUAAACAGAGGGUAGGACAGACACUCAUCUCCUUAAACAGAGGGUAGGACAGACACUCAUCUCCUUAAACAGAGGGUAGGACAGACACUCAUCUCCUUAAACAGAGGGUAGGACAGACACUCAUCUCCUUAAACAGAGGGUAGGACAGACACACUCCGCUACAUUGAAAUACUAUGAGGCUUACAGCACCGAACCUUCCAAUAUCAAGGUUUUACUGGAAAUGAUUGUGAUUGUCUUACCUAAGUUGUCCUGUGUUGUAUGGCGAUAUGUGUAGGAGCCAGUGAGGACAAUGGAACAACAGUAACACACACUCACCACUCCUCCUGCAUCUCUCCUGUAGGAGCCCCCUAGGCCAGAGGAGGUGCUCUAUCAGGACAGUGUUCUGCAGUAUGACGACACCAGGAAGUGGAAGGAGAGGUUUGUGGUGAUGAGAGCCAAUCACAGCCUGGAGUGUCAUGACAACCAGGAGGUAAACCAACACCAUACCAACAUACGACUGACCGUACAUGACCGUACACGACAUUACAUGACUGAACAUGACCAUACAUGAACAUACAUGACUUAACAUGACCGUACACGACCAUACAUGACCAUACAUGACCAUACAUGACUUAACAUGACCGUACAUGACAUUACAUGACAUAACAUGACCAUACACAACAUUAAAUGACUUAACAUGACCAUACAUGAUAUUACAUGACUUAACAUGAUCAUACAUGACAUUACAUGACCUUACAUGACAUUACAAUACAUGACAUGACUUAACAUGUCCAUACACAACAUUACAUGACUUAACAUGAAAAUAACAUUACAUGUCUUAACAUGACCAUGCAUGACAUUACAUAAAAUAACAUGACCGUACACAACAUUACAUAACUUAACAUGACCAUACAUGACAUUACAUGACUUAACAUGACUGUACACAACAUUACAUAACAUGACCAUACAUUACAUUACAUGACUUAACAUGACCAUACAUGACAUUACAUGACUUAACAUGAUCAUACAUGACAUUACAUGACCUUACAUGACAUUACAAUACAUGACAUGACUUAACAUGUCCAUACACAACAUUACAUGACUUAACAUGAAAAUAACAUUACAUGUCUUAACAUGACCAUGCAUGACAUUACAUGAAAUAACAUGACCGUACACAACAUUACAUAACUUAACAUGACCAUACAUGACAUUACAUGACUUAACAUGACCGUACACAACAUUACAUAACUUAACAUGACCAUACAUUACAUUACAUGACUUAACAUGACCAUACAUGACAUUACAUGACCUUACAUGACAUUACAUGACUUAACAUGACCAUAUAUUACAUGACUUAACAUGUCCGUACACAACAUUACAUGACCAUACAUGACAUUACAUGACUUAACAUGUCCAUACACACAAUUACAUGACUUAAUAUGACCAUACAUGACAUUACAUGACUUAACACGACCACAACAUUACAUGACUUAACAUGACCAUGCAUGACAUUACAUGACCUUACAUGACAUUACAGGACUUAACUUGUCCGUACACAACAUUACAUAACUUAACAUGACCGUACACAACAUUACAUGACUUAACAUGACAAUACAUGACAUUACAUGACUUAACAUGACCAUACACAACAUUACAUGACUUAACAUGACCAUACAUGACAUUACAUGACUUAACAUGACCACAACAUUACAUGACUUAACAUGACCGUACACGACAUUACAUGACUUAACAUGACCAUGCAUGACAUUACAUGACUUAACAUGACCAUACAUGACAUUACAUGACUUAACAUGAUCAUACAUGACAUUACAUGACUUUACAUGACAUUACAUGACUUAACAUGACCAUACAUUACAUGACUUAACAUGACCGUACACAACAUUACACAACUUAACAUGACAAUACAUGACAUUACAUGACUUAACAUGACCGUACAUGACAUUACAUGACUUAACAUGACCAUACACAACAUUACAUGACUUAACAUGACCAUACACGACAUUACAUGACUUAAAAUGACUAUACAUGACAUGACAUUACAUGACAUUACAUGACUUAACAUGGCCGUAAAUUACAUUACAUGACUUAACAUGACGUACAUGACUUAACAUGGCCGUACACGACAUUACAUGACUUAACAUGACCAUACAUGACAUUACAUGACUUAACAUGACCAUACAUGACUUAACAUGGCCGUACACGACAUUACAUUACUUAACAUGGCCGUACACGACAUUACAUGACUUAACAUGACCAUACACUACAUUACAUGACUUAACAUGACCAAACACGACAUUACAUGACUUAACAUGAUCAUACAUGACAUUACAUGACCUUACAUGACUUAACAUGACCGUACACAACACUACACGACUUAACAUGACAAUACAUGACAUUACAUGACUUAACAUGACCAUACACAAAAUGUCAUGACUUAAUAUGACCAUACAUUACUUUAUAUGACCACAAAAUUACAUGACUUAACAUGACCGUACACAACAGUACAUGACUUAACAUGACCAUACACGACAUUACAUGACUUAACAUGACCAUACACGACAUUACAUGACUUAACAUGAUCAUACAUGACAUGACAUGACUUAACAUGAUCAUACAUGACAUUACAUGACCUUACAUGACAUUACAUGACUUAACAUGUCCGUACACAACAUUACAUGACUUAACAUGACCGUACACAAUAUUUCAUGACUUAACAUGACCGUACAUGACAUUACAUUACUUAACAUGUCCACAACAUUACAUGACCAUACAUAAUAUUACAUGACUUAACAUGACCAUACAUGACAUUACAUGACUUAACAUGACCAUACAUGACAUUACAUGACUUAACAUGACCGUACACGGCAUUACAUGACUUAACAUGACCGUGCACGACAUUACAUGACUUAACAUGAUCAUACAUGACAUUACAUGACCUUACAUGACUUAACAUGACCGUACACAACACUACACGACUUAACAUGACAAUACAUGACAUUACAUGACUUAACAUGACCAUACACAAAAUGUCAUGACUUAAUAUGACCAUACAUUACUUUAUAUGACCACAAAAUUACAUGACUUAACAUGACCGUACACAACAGUACAUGACUUAACAUGACCAUACACGACAUUACAUGACUUAACAUGACCAUACACGACAUUACAUGACUUAACAUGAUCAUACAUGACAUGACAUGACUUAACAUGAUCAUACAUGACAUUACAUGACCUUACAUGACAUUACAUGACUUAACAUGUCCGUACACAACAUUACAUGACUUAACAUGACCGUACACAAUAUUUCAUGACUUAACAUGACCGUACAUGACAUUACAUUACUUAACAUGUCCACAACAUUACAUGACCAUACAUAAUAUUACAUGACUUAACAUGACCAUACAUGACAUUACAUGACUUAACAUGACCAUACAUGACAUUACAUGACUUAACAUGACCGUACACGGCAUUACAUGACUUAACAUGACCGUGCACGACAUUACAUGACUUAACAUGACCAUACAUGACAUUGCAUCACUUAACAUGACCAUACACGACAUUACAUGACUUAACAUGACCGUACAUGACAUUACAUGACUUAACAUGUCCACAACAUUACAUGACCAUACAUAAUAUUACAUGACUUAACAUGACCAUACACGACAUUACAUGACUUAACAUGACCGUACAUGACAUUACAUGACUUAACAUGUCCACAACAUUACAUGACCAUACAUAAUAUUACAUGACUUAACAUGACCAUACAUGACAUUACAUGACUUAACAUGACUAUACAUGACAUUACAUGACUUAACAUGACCGUACACGGCAUUACAUGACUUAACAUGACCAUACAUGACAUUACAUGACUUAACAUGACCAUACAUGACAUCACAUGACUUAACAUGACCGUACAUGACAUUACAUGACUUAACAUGUCCACAACAUUACAUGACCAUACAUAAUAUUACAUGACUUAACAUGACCAUACAUGACAUUACAUGACUUAACAUGACCAUACAUGACAUUACAUGACAUUACAUGACCAUACAUGACAUUACAUGACUUAACAUGACUACACAUGACAUUACAUGACUUAACAUGACCAUACAUGACAUUACAUGACUUAACAUGACCAUACAUGACAUUACAUGACUUAACAUGACCGUACACGACAUUACAUGACUUAACAUGACCACAACAUUACAUUACUUAACAUGACCGUACACGACAUUACAUGACUUAACAUGACCAUACACGACAUUACAUGACUUAACAUGACCACAACAUUACAUUACUUAACAUGACCGUACACGUUCAUAUAGGACCAUAUGUAAUGGAGAAUAAACCCCAGGCUGGGUGAUGGACUACCUCACCUGACACUUGAAGAAUUGUGUUAGCUUUCUUAGGUAAUGCCUUGGCUUUAGCUCAGCGGGCUAACACAUAGUCAGUCACACUACUCUGAACUCUGUUUGGUAAAUUGGUUGUUGUAUUUGUUCCUCCAUAGAGCUUCAGUAAGGGUGUUCCGGCUAGACAGAGACUCCUACCAUCAGGGGGCGUAGUUCUGACAUCAGAGGAGAAGUACACAGCGCUUGUGGACAAGGCCUUCCCUGACCCUUACGGUGAGUGUCUGGUCAACCCCUAAAGAGAUGCAUUAGAUGUCUGGUCAACCCCUAAAGAGAUGCAUUAGAUGUCUGGUCAACGCCUAAAGAGAUACAUCAGAUGUCUGGUCAACCCCUAAAGAGAUGCAUCAGAUGUCUGGUCAACCCCUAAAGAGAUGCAUUUGAUGUUUGGUCAACCCCUAAAGAGAUGCAUUAGAUGUUUGGUCAACCCCUAAAGAGAUGCAUCACAUCCUUGAAACACAGAUGCACACAACUGUUGAAAUAGCAACAUGGAGACUGGGAGACAGGGGAAAAUACAGCAUUUCAAUCAAUCAAUGAGUUAAUUGUAUGUGUGUGCAUGUCUGUGUGUUGUACUGUAGGUUUGAAGGAGGAGACAUCUCCCCCCGUGGUAGUGGUACCUCCUGGUCAGUUCCCCGUCUACCUCAGGCUGCCCUACAGACGAGACGCGUACUUCAGCUUCCCCCAGGAGGACCGACGAGCAACCUUCCGCUCCAUCCUCACAGGCUGCAUCAGGCACCAGAACCACAGUAUGCUACACCUGGGGGUUCUGACCCUGACCCCUGACCCCUGA